AUGCUUUAUCUCUCAAGAACUGAGGAGGCAGAUCUGGAGGACCUGAGUUGUACCGACAUUGAGAAACAAUGGGGUACACUUAAAACUACAGCAUUGAAGGAAUACGAAGCAAAAUCAUUGUCUGAAAUGUGCCAUGUGGAAGGACAUCUAUGUGAAAACAAUGCCAGAAGCACACCAAACAGUGAAUAUUCUUUAUUUACAAGUCUCAUGCGAAGAGGUGAUGGAGUUGUUGAUUAUGGUGAAAGGGUAAUUAGUAGAAGUGUAGACAAGACAAAAUUUCCUGAAAAACUAUUGACUUUUAAUUUGUGGUGGGUAAUGAAUGUAUUAAGAAAACUGACUGAAGAAAAGUUGAAGACAUGUGAAGUAAAUGAAUUUGAAUUUUACAACAGAUAUGUAGCUGUAUCAUUAGACCAAAGUACAGAAAUAAUCAAUGCUGAGCAGGGUACUCCUUCAUGGCAUAAAGCUAGAAAAGUAAGACUAACAGCCUCCAAAGCGAGAGCCCAGUUUACUUAUUAUUCUAAUAAAAAUGCUGAUUGGGAUAAAAGAUAUCGAGAGGUUUUUCACAGUAAUUUCCUUGGCAAUGAAGAUACUAUCAGAGGCCUUCGCUGUGAAGCAGUCGCAAGAGAUUUAUAUGCAGAGCAUUAUAGCUGCAUGAUUUUAGAGUCUGGAUUGCUGGUUCGACCAGAAUUACCAUGGCUUUCUGCAAGUCUAGACGGUACUGCCAUGGAUAAAGAUGGAAAUUUUCUUAGAAAUAUUGAGAUUAAGACAUUAAAGGAAGGAACUCGUUUAACUGCAUAUGAACUUAUAGAAAUGAAUGCAAUUCCUAUAUUGGAUAAAAAUUAA